GCGAUACCGAAUGUGCCGACGCCGUCAAACAGUGUGCGCACGCGAUGAAUACCGUCCGAUCGUGUUUCGCCGCCGCCGCUGCCGUCUUGUUGCUCGUUGUCGCAAUCGGCUGGUCUGCCGCCGACGCCGCGGUCUGUUGCAACAGUAGUUCAGUCGCGGGCGGCGGCGGUGUGGCCGUCGCGUCUUGCCGGAACGAAAACCGUACGUUCCACACGGUCGAGACGAUCGGCGACGGCACGUGCGACGACAACCGGACGGCCGUGCCGGUCCGGAAAUGCUGUCCACCGGACCGCCCGUACGAUCCGGAAGUGCGGUUUUGCGGACCGGCCGGGGCGGACGGCGACGAGUACCAGCGGCGGAUGAUGCAACGACUGCGUGACGGGUUCCCGGCGGCGGCCGCAGCGGUCAUGGUGGGUUACAAUUAUGAGCCGCCAAAGUGCGACACGGCGCACGUGCUAGUCGACUUGUCCGUCUUGGAGGUGCGUGGGCUGAUGGAAGCGGCGAACCCGUCGCCCGUCGAGCUGCCGCCGGGCUACUGCUUCGAUCUGACGCCGUCUGAUGAGCUGGUGGCCCGGACGUGCCGGCCACGCGACCAGUACUGCGGCCGUGGCCGUUACACGUGCGUCAACAAGUGCUGCAAGGGCGACCGGAUGAUCGUCGCCGACGUGGGGUGCAAGAAGGGCGAGACGCCUUUCAACUUGUCCGCCUAUGAAACGGACAUCAGCGGCCGUCCGGUGGACCGGUCGAACAGCACGGUGCUGCCGUACUACGUCCGGCUCGCUUGUUACAAGAGAGACAAGGUGGACGGUGGGUUCACAUUGACCACAGACGGCCGACUUUACCGCACCGACAACGGCCAGCACGUACCGGAUACCGGGUAUUGCGUGGAGUAUUACGCAGCAGCCGGACCACCAGUGGCCGCUGUCCUGCAGGCGUUCGUGUGCAUCUCGGACGACCCACCGCCGGCCACGGCCGUGGACACACGUGGCAGCUGGAAGUACUUCGUCACCCUGGCAGGUUUUGUACCCUCUGUCCUGUGCCUGGCGCUCACGCUGCUCGUGUACGCCACGCUGUCCAGCCUCCGGAACGUUCACGGCUACUACGUCAUGUGCUACGUGGCCUGCUUGCUCCUGUCCUUCAGCUGCCUAAUGACCAUCCAGUGGACGCAGGACUCCAUCGAUGGCCAGCCAUGCGUUUUAUUCGGUUAUUUCACAUUAUUUGCAUUUCUGACAACAUUUUGCUGGUUAAACGUAAUAUGCUUCGAUAUUUACUGGAUGUUAAGGUACAACAAUUCAAUAAACAGACAUACAUCAAUAUCAGUACGUACCAUUAUAUACCAUAUUUACUGUUGGGGAUUUUCAAGCGUUUGCGUAUCAACUGGUUAUUUAUUUCAAUAUUCACAACACGAAACGCUACAGAAAUUAGCACCUGAUAUAGGAAACCGUAAUUGCUGGUUUUCCGACCACGCUAACUACGGAACUUUAAUUUUUUUCAUACUACCAGUGUCUGUUAUGUUGACUGCCAAUUUAAUUUUGUUCAUGCUAACUGCUAUUCAUUGUUCAAGAAUCAAAUCUGAACUAAACAAAUUCAAACGAACCGAUUCAAAAACACAAAGAUUUCUUGUUGACAAAGAGAAAUUUGUAAUGAGCAUUAAACUAUUUCUGGUUAUGGGAAUCCCAUGGUCAUUUGAGAUACUAUCAAAAUUCUUCCACAAUGAUUGGAUCAUAUGGGACAUUUUAGAUGAAGUUAACGCACUACAAGGCGUGAUGAUAUUUAUUAUAUUUGUGGCCAAACGCAAAGUUAUUAUGAAUUUACGGAAAAAGUUUAGAGGUUCAAUGGAUCACAGUGAGUCGACAAAAAUGAACACUAUCUCUGGGUCGUCACAAAGCGGCAGUGCUCAUAAAAGUCAUAAUGAUUUCUAAAUUCAAUGUAUUAUAUUAUGUAGGUAGUAUUAAGCCUCAAGGCCCUAG